AAAGGAUGGACAGUGUGUCAACGCUGACAGUCACGCCGUGCAGGAGGACCGCGCUCUUCGUGGGGGUCUUUCGUGGAGGAUCGUCACAUUGAGUCUGCUGGACAAAGUUGGGAUCUGUCAGUCAAAGUGGGAGCCAGUCUUGUCUGUCAGUCACAGUGGGGGGUACACAAAUGUGAGGGGCGCACUAGCCUCGGUCUCAGGUGCAAACGACGCGAAGGAUGCAGAAGUCACCAGUGGAAGAUGUGAACUUCCUGUCCAGGUUCUGCUUCUGGUGGAUGUCCCCGCUGCUAAGAAAGGGCUUCAGGAAGAAGUUGGACCUCACUGAUGUUUACAAAGCUCCUUCUUAUGAUCUGGCUGGGAACCUCUCUGAGCGACUGGAAAGAGAAUGGGACAGAGAGGUGGUCUCAGCCAAGAACAAGCCCAGACUGAUGCGGGCGCUGGCUCGCUGCUUCCUUGGCCCGUUUGCCUUCUUUGGAGUCCUCCUCUACUUCGGGGAGGCCUCCAAGACAGUGCAACCUCAGCUUCUGGGUCGCAUCAUCAGCUCCUUUGACCCCUUCCACGCUCCGGAGCGGAACCAGGGCUACUUCCUGGCACUGGGCCUUUGCCUGCUCUUCACGGCUCGCUUCCUGCUGCUGCAGCCAGCCCUCUUUGGCCUGCAUCACCUGGGUAUGCAAAUCCGCAUCGCCCUCUUCAGUCUCAUCUACAAGAAGACCCUGAAACUGUCCAGUAAGGUCCUGGAUAAAAUUAGCACUGGUCAGCUGGUGAGUCUGAUGUCGGCCCACCUCAACAAGCUGGAUGAGAGCCUUGGUCUGGCCCAUUUUGUAUGGAUCACACCCCUGCAGUGUAUCCUGUGUGUGGGUCUGAUUUGGGAACUGAUCGAGGUGAACGGCUUCUGCGCCCUGGCAGCUCUCACACUCCUCGGCAUUAUCCAGGCCUGCCUCUCCCAGAAGAUGGGACCUCACCGGGUGAAGCGUGCUGGGAUGAUCAACCGCCGCUUGGCUCUCACCUCAGAGAUUGUGGAGAACAUCCACUCGGUGAAGGCGUACGGCUGGGAGGAGGUGAUGGAGACCAUCAUCAAGAACAUCAGACAGGAUGAGAUGACCCUGACCAGGAAGAUCGGGUCCUUGCGUUACUUCUACAGCGCCGCCUACUUCUUCUCCGCCAUCUUGGUCAUCGUGUCGGCCAUUGUGCCGCACGCACUCAGCAAAGGCAUCAUUCUGCGCCGUAUCUUCACCACCGCCUCCUACUGCAUGGUGCUGCGCAUGACGCUCACCCGACAGCUGCCCGGUUCAAUCCAGAUGUGGUAUGACACGCUGGCGCUGGUCAAUAAGAUAGAGGAGUUCUUGAUGAAGGAGGAGUACAGAGUUCUGGAGUACAACCUGACUACCACAGAACUCGAGCUGAUCAACGUCUCUGCAUCCUGGGAUGAGGGCAUCGGCGAGCUCUUUGAGAAGAUCAAGCAGGAGAACAAAGCCAACGGUCACGCCAACGGUGGCCUCUUCUUCACUAACCUUUACGUGACACCUGUCCUGAAGAACAUCAGCCUCCACCUGGAGAAGGGCAAGAUGCUGGCGGUGGCAGGAUCCACGGGCUCGGGGAAGAGCUCGCUCCUCAUGUUGAUCCUGGGAGAGCUGGUGCCGUCCGAGGGGAAAAUCCGACACAGCGGUCGCAUCUCCUUCUCCUCGCAGACCUCCUGGAUCAUGCCGGGCACCAUACGGGACAACAUCCUGUUUGGACUCACCUACGACGAGUACCGCUACACCUCAGUCAUCAAGGCCUGCCAGCUGGAGGAGGACUUUGCCUUGUUGCCUGAAAAGGACAAGACCCUCCUUGUUGAAGGAGGAGUGACGCUCAGCGGAGGUCAAAGGGCGCGCCUCAGCCUGGCCAGAGCUGUGUACAAAGAUGCGGACCUCUAUCUGCUGGAUGCACCUUUCACACACCUGGACAUUGUGACCGAAAAAGAAAUCUUUGAGAAGUGCGUGUGCAAGCUGAUGGCCUCCAAGACUCGCAUCGUGGUCACCAGCAAGUUGGAGCACCUCAAAAGGGCUGACAAGAUCCUCCUGCUCCACAACGGCGACUGUUACUUCUAUGGAACCUUCUCCGAGCUUCAGGCCCAGCGGCCCGACUUCAGCUCGCUCCUGCUGGGCCUGGAGGCCUACGACAACAUCAACGCCGAGCGACGCAGCUCCAUCCUCACCGAAACCCUCCGCAGGGUCUCCGUCGACGAGACCGCCGGCUUCCGAGGCCCCGAGUCCAUCCGUCAGUCCUUCCGCCAACCGCCGCCUCCCUUGAUAGUUAACGGAUCGCAAGGACACUGUGGAGGCGAUAGCUACCCAGAAAAACGUAAGCAGUCCCUCAUCCUCAACCCACUGGCUGCUGCUCGCAAGUUCUCCUUCAUUGGAAACCCCCAGCAGAACCCAAACAGCACCCAAGCUGCUGAGGACGGCGUGCGGGAUCUGUCUGAGAGGAAGUUCUCUGUGGUACCCGAGGACGACCAGGUGGAGGAGGUGCUCCCCAGAGGGAACAUCUACCACCACGGCUUGCCGCACCUGAGCGGGCAGCGGCGCCAGUCGGUCCUGGCGUUCAUCACCAACGCUCCAGGCAACGAGCGCAGGGAGCAGAUGCAGACGUCUUUCCGGAAAAAACUCUCAAUCACACCGCAGUGCGACUUGGUGUCCGAGCUGGACAUCUACGCUCGCCGCCUGUCCAAGGACAGCGUCUAUGACAUCAGUGAGGAGGUGGAUGAAGAAGACAUGGAGCAAUGCUUCGCGGACGAUCGCGAGAACGUGUUUGAAACAACGUCGUGGAGCACCUACCUGCGCUACAUCACCACCAACAGGAGUUUAGUCUACGUGCUCAUUUUCAUCUUCCUGGUUUUUGCUAUUGAGGUUGCAGGAUCAGUCGUUGGCAUCUUCCUCAUUACAGAUACCAUCUGGAGGGACGGUGCCAACCCGUCCUCCCCGAACUACAUCGACGAGCAGCACCCGAACGCCUCUUCGCCCCCCACCCACCUGGCGGUCAUCGUGACACCGACCAGCGCCUACUACAUCAUCUACAUCUACGUGGCCACGUCGGAGAGCGUGCUGGCGUUGGGCUUCUUCCGAGGCCUGCCGCUUGUGCACACGCUGCUCACCGUGUCCAAGAGGCUGCACGAGCAAAUGCUGAGCUCCGUGCUGCGGGCCCCCAUGGCGCUGCUAAACACCAUGAAGACAGGCCGCAUCAUGAACAGAUUCACCAAAGACAUGGCCACCAUUGACGACAUGCUGCCUUUGGUGCUCUUUGACCUCAUACAGCUGACACUGAUUGUCCUGGGCGCCAUCUUCACUGUGUCCAUCAUGCGGCCGUACAUUUUCAUUGCCGCCAUCCCGCUGGCUGUCAUCUUUGUCAUCCUCAGGAAGUACUUCCUGCGAACGGGCCAGCAGCUCAAGCUACUGGAGGCUGAAGCUCGGAGUCCCAUCUUCUCACACCUCAUCAUCUCGCUGAAGGGCCUGUGGACUAUUCGGGCGUUCGGGCGUCAGACGUACUUCGAGAUGCUCUUUCACAAGGCCCUCAACACGCACACGGCCGCCUGGUUCCACUACCUGGCCACCCUGCGGUGGUUCCUCUUCCGCUGCGACGUCAUCUUUGUGCUCUUCUUCACGGCGGCUGCCUUCAUUGCCGUGGGAACCAAUCAGGACAAACCAGGCGAGAUCGGCAUCAUUGUGGCGUUGGCCAUGCUCAUCCUGGGGACGUUCCAGUGGGCUGUCAUCACCAGCAUCACCGUGGACGGACUGAUGCGUUCGGUGGACCGAGUGUUCAAGUUCAUCGACCUUCCUUCAGAGGAGGCGUUGCCGUGCAAAGGAGGCAAAGGAGGAGGUGACCUCGUCAUUGACAACCCCCACGCUCACGACUGUUGGCCCAACAGAGGUCAAAUGGACGUGAAGGGCCUCACUGUCAAGUACACGGAGGCCGGACGCUCCGUCCUCAGUGACAUCAGCUUCUCGGUGGACGGCGGGCAGAGCGUGGGUCUGCUGGGUCGCACAGGUUCAGGCAAGAGCACUCUGUUCUCAGCUCUGCUGCGUCUGGCCUCCACUGACGGGGACAUCUGUGUGGACGGCGUCUCCUGGAGCUCUGUUUCCCUGCAUACGUGGAGGAAGGCCUUUGGGGUGGUGCCACAGAAAGUUUUCAUCCUCACUGGAACAUUUCGCAUGAACUUGGACCCUCAUGGACGCUACAGUGAUGACGAGCUGUGGAGGGUCGCUGAGGAGGUGGGCCUGAAGUCAGUGAUCGAGCAGUUCCCGGACAAAUUGGACUUCCAGCUGGAGGACGGCGGCAACGUGCUGAGUAACGGCCACAAGCAGCUGAUGUGUUUGGCUCGCUCCAUCCUCAGCAAGGCCCGCAUUCUCCUGCUGGACGAGCCCUCCGCCUACCUGGACCCCAUAACUCUGCAGGUCCUCCGGAAGACACUGAAGCAGGCCUUCUCAGGCUGCACCGUCAUCCUGUCGGAACAUCGAGUGGAACCUCUGCUGGAGUGUCAGUCAUUCCUGAUGAUCGAGGGCAGCUCCAUGAAGACGUACGAGUCCAUCCACAAGCUGCUGAACGAGACCAGUCACUUGAAGCAGGCCAUGAGCCCCUCGGACCGCCUUCGCUUGGGACCCUCGCUACACCGCCUCAAUUCCAGCAAGAGGGCGGCGCCACAGAGCGCCAAGAUUUCCUCCCUGCCUGAGGAGGCCGAGGACGACGUCCUGGACACGCGGCUGUAACACACACACACACACACACACACACACACACACACACACACAUAAGGACGAGAGAGAAAAUGUAUUUUUGCUGCAGGUGGUUGCUGAAGCCUGCAAAUGUUGUUAACAUGAUGAUUUUGUCUCACACACACACACACACACACACACACACGCGUGACCUUGAAGCACUUUAGAGACGCGCUGAGGUACUCAGUCGAUGAAGAUGAGUUGCAAAAGCCAGUAAUUCCUCUUUCCCUCUUCAAGUGGAAACAUUUGGUGACGUGUGAGGAACGCCGCUCCUUUGUAACGCAAUAAUACUUAGUAGUUUUAGUCAAAGGUACCUGGAUGUGCAACUGUGAUGUUUUCAACCAACAAUUGAACUGUUUGUUACAUCAUAGGAACAUAAACGUAUAAAUGUCUUUGCUCAAUCAACCGUAUUUACAGUAAAAUGGAAGAUUUUGACAAGUUCUUUGUGGUCACGUGCUUCUGUUGUGGAUAUAAGGACUACAAACAUGGUGGCUACGAUGUUCACGUCAAUUCAGUCAGGAGCUACAUGCAAACAUUAGGAAAUAAACACAAAAUAAAUGUCAGGAUUAAUACUAGGUAGGAUUUUUACUCAAAAAUCUAGCAUUGAGUAUUUCCCUUUUAUCUUUAAAUGUCUUUUUUCAUUUGUUUUAUUUAUAACUUUGGAGAAACAUUUUUCAUUCAAAUAUAUGCUUCUAUAUAUGCCAAUGUAUAUGCAUUUGUUUUUAUUGCAAGAAAAAAAGUCAAAGUAAAUACUAGAGUAAAAUUUGCAGACAUAAUUGGCCCUUCACAAUAAAGGAACAAUUUUUAAAAAGACUUUUUAAGAUUUUAUUGUUUUUGUGCUUGAAAGACAACUUUUUAAAACACACAUCUGAAACAGGACUAUAGUCUCUUCUGUACAUAUGUAUAGAUGUUAUAUUUAUAUCGAUUUAUAAACAGAAAAUAAAGCCUUCAGAAAAAAGCAUACCUAGAACACAGUGAUUGAUGGGACGCGUGAAGGGGCGUUAGAGUAUGGGGGACGGGGGAUGUUGUAAUAUGGCUUAAGGUAGACAAAGGGCAUCUACAAUCUAUUGCCCCCCCCCCCACUUUGAAACAAGUGACGGCUUUACAAACACUUGUUUUUUUAAAAGUCUUUCAGCGUGGAGGUCUUUAUCACUGUACAACAUCAUCAUCAUCACGUGCACGAGCUUGCGAGCACUAACUACUUCCUAUUUACACUAAAACCCUGAUUGUGGUCAAAGCACCCCAGAGCAUAGAAAGACUAAAAUACCCUUCCUAGUUGGCAGCGCCCUCUGGUGGCUGCCGCUGCAACAACAGGAGCCACCAGCAAAGUAACCAUCAAAAAAUUAGACAUCAAGCUUCUAGAACAACACGCUGGUCCCCAAGUACACAACUGCAGCACAGCGGAACAUCACAAGUACAAAGAGCAAAGGUCAAAGGUUGUCUAGGGAAGCCAGUCUUUACAUCCUGGAGCGAGGGGGCGGGGCAUGGGGAAGUAUUGUGUUUUUGUGUGUCCCAAACAUCCUCAUGUGGUUGGCUCCUCCUACUGGUGCCGAGGGGGGGGGGGGGAUUUUUUGACGCCCAAGUGUCCUCAUGUGAUUGGUUGUUCAUAUAAGGGGUGGGCAGUGGGUGUGUCUACUUAUUGUUGUUGUUGUCAUGAAGGACCCAAAUGUCCUCAGGUGAUUGGCUCUUCAUGCUGCUGCUGCUGUUUGGUACCACCCUUGGUUUGCUGCUGGUUCUGCUGUAGCUGGCAGGCAUGUGCUUGCUGCUGCUAUUCUUGUUGUUGUUGUUGUUACGGCUGUUGUUGUUGUUGUUGUUACUGACCGCUGCAGGCCGAGGCUGCUGCCCUCUGCUGGGGACGGGGAGCUGAGAUUUGACGCGAGGGCCUGACCGGCGCUCGCUACUCUGUACGGCUGCCUGAGCGAAGAAGAGAAGAAAAGAAAAGUGAUGUGAAGAGUGUUUGAAGUGUUGAAAAGCACGCCACUUACUGCAUGGGCUGUAGAAACACCUACAAAUCACCUCUGGGGUAUACUGCAAAGCGAGGUUAGCGUGUUAGAAGUGUGUUGAGUCUAAAGCCAGGCUUGCCUGUACAAUGAAAUUAGUACAUUAGUACAAAUUAGUACAUACAACAUAUUGUCAUAAUUUUCAAAUAUUUUUCCAUUGUACUUUUCUUAAAAGUAAUGCUAAAAUCUCGUCUCGUAGAUCCAAUCUGGUGUAUCGCCUCAUCUGUGUCUCGUGACACAGGGUACCGUUAGUAUAGUAAGUGUUAACUUGCGCAUUUACACAUUAUUUUGCCAGCGGUCCUGUGUUGCUUUUAGCAGUGAUAAUCUUUUUGAACUCUUCAUAAUGCUCCAUAAUAAUUACUUGCUCAUCUUGUGUAAAAUACAGCGGCUGAGAUCGCGUGGUUUUUGCGCAGAAGGAGAAUAAUGUGAUGCACACUGGGCACCAAGCUGAGAAUCGGACUUGGCAAAGUAAGUUGAUAACCACCAUCAUGGUACUGUUUAACUUUGUUUGGGGAAGUUAGGUUUUGCAUCUUGAGCACAAAGCCCGUGUUUGUUGAGCCACUUUCGCAAUUUCCCAACACUUCAUGCUGCAUGCACCAUUGUAAUGCAUAACACUGGCCAACAGGGGGCAGCCUCUGCACGCGUAGUCUAUUGGCGUUAUUGCAUAUAUUAGCGAAAGUGGUACGGUAAAGAAGACAUUAUGGAUACAUUAAAUAUUUGUAGAGCCCUCAAUCAUAAAACAGUGAGGUUCGAGAGGGAUAAAUGUUAUAUUGUAGAACGUUCUAGAUUUCUUGCUUCUCACCGUCUGAGCUGCUUGGCCGACAGCUACUUCUUGCUCUGGCACUGGGGGUGGACCUCCAGCAGGCUCUCUCGUGAACACAAUUACGUCGUCUUUGGACACAGAGAUCUGUGAACAUGGACUACUGUGAUGAUGCGGAUGUGGACGCAGGUGGAAGCUGAAAAGGAACAAGAU